AUGGACAUUGAAGACCUGCCUUUCGAGGUCCGCGAUACCCUUAACCCAGAGCAGCGGAUCGUAUACGAUACAUUUGUUGGACACUUCCAAUGCGACAGCGAGGAGCAGAUUCUACUCCAUGUUGACGGUGGUGGCGGGACAGGCAAGUCCUACCUCAUCAAAGUCCUGUCUUCGCAUCUUCAGAAGCUUGCCGGUAACCGGCCCAGUCCAAUCUGGAGAGCUGCACCCACGGGCGUUGCAAGCAACCAGAUAAUGGGGACAACACUGCACUCUCUACUCCGGCUCCCUGUGGACAGGGCUUUUACGGAGCUCUCCCCAGCAGAUGCUAAUGCUCUUCAGAAGAAGCUACGGGACGUUAGGUAUCUUGUGAUUGAUGAGAAAAGUAUGCUAGGUCUGCGUCAACUUUCGUGGAUCGACAAACGCCUCCGCCAAGUCUUUCCUUCCAGAGCAGCCGAAUUCUUUGGCGGCAUGAGCAUCAUCCUCGUUGGUGACUUCUUCCAGCUCCCGCCGAUUGCAAACAAGCCUCUCUACUUUGAUGGACCACUCAAAGACCUGCAAGAGGUCUCUGUCCAGACGGCAUAUAGGGCGUUUAGCCACACCGUCUUCUUGAAAAAAGCUCAGCGGCAACAGGGCGAUGACCAGGCUGGCUUUCGUCUUGCACUUGACGAAUUACGUGGCCUAAAGCUAUCGGUAGAGUCAUGGAAACUUCUGAGCCAGCGUGUGCAGGCCAAGCUUGGCCAGCGCGACGUAGAUUCGUUUGAUGCUGCUCUUCGUAUCUAUGGCAAGAAAGCUCGUGUUCACGAGUACAACUACGAGCAUCUCGUCCGUUUGAAGCGCCCAGCAAUCCAAGUCACGGCGAAGAACCUUGGUAACGGUGCUGACAAGGCAACGUCGGAACAAGCUGGCAACCUGGCUGGCCAGUUUGCGAUAUGCAUUGGUGCUCGUCUCAUGCUGACCCAGAACAUCUGGCAUCCAACAGGCCUAGUCAAUGGGGCCCAAGGGACAGUAUAUGACAUCGGUUGGGCGCCUGGCGCUGAUACGCACCGUGACCCGCCGUCUGUCAUUAUGAUGGUGAUGGAUAAGUAUACCGGGCCAUCGUAUCUAACCACGGAUGAUGGGCGCGAGGUAGUGCCCAUACUCCCAGUGAAGCGCGACUUCUUUCUUGGGGCGUCCGCCUGUACCCGAACGCAGUUCCCACUCAUGGCAUCAUAUGCCAUUACGGUUCACAAGUCACAGAGCAUCACAGUGGACAAAAUGGUGACCGAUCUGUCUGAACGUGACUUCCAGACUGGGCUUAGCUAUGUUGCAGUCUCCAGGGUCAAGACAUUGGAGGGCCUAAUGAUCGACACGCCUUUUGAACGGGCGUCUCUCCACUAUGAGAAGCUACCUGAUGGCAAGUAG